AUGUCGGGCAUUCAACAAGUACAAGUACAGCAUCAGCAGCCAGCAAGCCAACCUGAAGGUCAAGGUCAAGGUGCAAAUCAAACUCACGGUCAAGGAGCUCCAACUCGGCCUGCCAAUUACCCAAGUCCAACUUACUCGUCUCCCUCGCUCGCCCCAGCGCAGCAAUACGCCUACCCUCAACCUCCUCCCCAAGACCCCGACCAGCAACAAUACCGCACCAGCCCGACAGGCAGCAACGGCUCCAUGUCCCUCCCCGGUAUCCGAUCAAUUGAUCCUAUGCAACCGCCGCCACCACAGCAGCAGCAACAGCACAACAUGGCGAACCUCCAGCAACAAGUCCCGAUGGGCAACCCUUAUUAUCACCAUCAAGGCUCCGCCCUCCCACACCCCCAACACUCACAAUAUGCCAACGUUACCUCCGAUCCAUCAGGACAAGGAAUGCGCUAUGCGCUGCCUACAUCCGGCGACUCGCGCAUCAUGAGCGGUGGUCGACACAAGAAGGAGAUCAAGCGUCGAACCAAGACGGGCUGUCUGACGUGCCGCAAGCGCCGAAUCAAGUGCGACGAACAACACCCGGCUUGCCGCAACUGCCAAAAGUCUAAGCGUGAGUGCCUUGGCUACGACCCCAUCUUUAAGCAGAGCCCAGGUCCCGCUGCCAUCCAACCCGCCCCAAGUUCUGGUUCUUCUAUGGGUGGCAGUCCCGCUAGCUCCAACCCGUACGGCAACCAACCUCAUAUGCUCCAAGGCUACGGUGCUCACCCCAACAUGCCCGCCUACGAUCCUGCUCUCUCGUCCGGUGUCCCCCAAGCUCCCAAUCAAUACGACUACGCUUCCGCCAUCGACCCAUCGCUGUCCGAGGCUGCUGCACCCCCAGCAAUGAACAGAAUCAUACCCGCAUAUGAGACUACUUCUCCAGCCACCGGUGGUGCGGCCAAGGUGCUGCUGCACUUUGAGAGUCCCCUACUUCGCACCCUUUCACACUCCGGUGACACCCUGACUAAUUCAAUUUUUCCAGCCAAGCGAACUGUUGAGCAACUUCUUGAUCUCGGUGGUGAAGCUCCUCCCAAGGGAGGUCCCGACGUCGCCGGCAACCCCCAGCUCAUCGAUGAGAUUAAGCACCUGUACUUCAGCAUCUAUGCACCUGGUCUUGAGAACUUCCUCGAGUCAAAGUGGUUCUCCGUCAAGGGACUCACGAAGCUUCUUACUGGCCGAAAAUAUCUUGAUGACUUCGGUUCUCUUCUCGUCCAAUUUGCCAAGACGCAACAAGAUGACCCUAAGGAGAUCGCAUACACUUCGAGCGUUGAAGGUCGAGUCGUCUGGUCUCUAGCUACAAUGGUCAAGACCAGUGCCGCCGAAAACGGUGUCAGAGAGCAUAAGACUGUCCCCGCCUCUGAUGAUGCCAACGAAGCCGGCGACCGCCUGGACAUCUUCGAGACGCUCUUGACUGGCCGUGUCGCUGCUGGCAACCCACUCACCCGCCCGGUUCCUCUCAGCACCGAUCACCACCGCCUUCGUGAGUUGCAGUUCUGGUACACCCUCGGUACCUUUGUUACUCUUCAAUACGAGGAUAAUAGCUUUGCCAAGCAAGUCGAUGACACCCUCUCCGCCCUCCGCAACCUCCUUGAUGGACGUGAGAACCGCGAUAUUCUGUACUCGAUUGCAGUCAUCCGAGGUCUUGGCCAACGAGUCUCCGAGUAUACCGAGAGCGAAACUCCUCUUCAUCUCGAUGAGACCGAUAACAAGAGCAGGCUGCUGGUCGCCAAGAAGUUUGUCGCUGACGAGGCUGCUGGAUCGGGCACCACCAACGUCAUUAGACGCCUGUGUGACCUUGCCACUCGCUCAUGGACCAUGCCCACCCUCCCUCCUAUUUCCGCACAUAGCACUGCUUCUCCUGAGCCGAAGCACUAA